CAGACGAGUUCAAUUUCACGUGCGAAUAUUGUUUGGUGGUUCGAAAAUCGUUCCGAUUUUGCAGACGCGGCGAACAGCUAGCGGUUCUGAUACAUCGAAAGGUCUUUAUCUUCUCACAGAACCAGUGAUGAAGGUUUUAAUCCUAUUCUGCGUGUUUGCCCUUGCCUUCGCUGAUCCAGAGCCUGGAUCUCCAUCCUCCUCGGCCUCGAAACCGUCCGACAAACCUCAGUCCUUCCAGCAUCAGUCGUCUCUGAAAGAGAGCACAAAUCAACAUCUGGACGCUAAAAAGGAUUCCAGCGAAGCUGCUGCAGAGGCUGCAUCAGCAGAAGAAUACCGACAGCUGAACGCCGAUGAGGUGAAGCAGCUGCUUCUGAAAGUAGUGGAUGAGAAUAUUGACAAAGACAAGGAUGGAUCGAUUACUGCCGACGAACUGAAAGAAUGGCUGAAGAUCCUGCAGGAGAAGGUCAUUCAAGACAAUGUCAAUAGACAGUGGGCUUACUACCAUCCUGAAACUGAAGAGGUCUUGUCCUGGGAAGGAUAUUAUCCUGAAAAGAAGCAAGUUGUCUCUUGGGAACGAUACUUGAACUACACUUAUCCCGAUGAAGCCCUGAAAGAAGGCGAACCCGCCACUCCAGAAUUGAAGGAGGUGAAAGACAUGAUCCGUCGGGCCGAGCGAAGGUGGAAGAAUGCCGAUGUGGACGGAGAUGGCAGCCUCUCCAAGGAAGAGUUCAGAGACUUCAUCCAUCCAGAGGAAUCCCAGAGGGCCGGAGGAGUGGCCGUCAUCGAAGCCAUGGAAGACAUGGAUAAAGACAAGAACAACGAGGUCUCGCUGGAGGAAUACAUGGCUCACCUAAACAAGGUUUCUGGUGAAGAAAAGGAAGAUCCAAACUGGGCCUCCGCUCAACAGGGCCACUUCACCAAUUUCCUGGACAAGGACAAAGAUGGCAGCUUGAACGAGGCCGAAAUGCGGGAAUGGGUUGUGCCUACCUACGACAGAAGCGAAGCUGAGGCCUGGAGACUUAUUUCCAUCGCAGAUCAAGAUCAGGACACCAAGUUGACCCGAAAGGACAUUGAAGACUACCACGAGUAUUUCUUGACUCUCCUCCCUCCAGAGUAUUGGGUUCAGGAUGACCCCACAGAAUCUUCCCGCCACGACGAAUUCUAAUCGAGCUUCAUUAGAAAUAAGCAUUCCACUUUCCUGAGGUGCUUGGCUAUCCUUCCAUGCAAGCUAUCCUUUGGGGAAAUGCUGUCCUUCCUUUUCUCUUUUGUUCAUUUAUUCGUUUCUACACACGCACAACAUCGGCAAUCCUUUCAUUACUUUUUAUCCUUUAUUCUUUCAUCAGUUUCGUUCUAUUCCUUCUUGAUUCUCCCCCCCCCCCUCUUUCAUCUGUGUAGUGAAACUAACCAUUGCUCGAUUCCUAGUUAGUUGAAGAAUUUUGAUGUACAUAUUGAAGUUGAAAUCUUACUAUCCUAAAAAUAAAUUUUAAGAUAAAACUGUUUUAAAAAUGGGGAAUCUGUUCCUUAAUUUGGUUACAUUCCGAUUGUAAAUUGAGCCUCUAUUUGGAAAUUUGCUCAUCUGUACAUUUUGUACAUUUUUUUUUCUUCGUUUUAUAUGAAUUUGUAUUGUUUUAUAGUCUACAUUUAUUCGACGGUGAUAUAAUGAAUGUUUUCAGAUUUAAAAUAAAGUGUUUGUUUUAAA